AUGGUCUCGAUUGAAGAUCUCAACCGUGCUAUUGACCUUGUCGAUAUGGCAGUGGAAGAUACACCGCCUGGCCACGUUUAUCGAGGUCGUUUUAUUGGAAACCCCGCGAUUUGGCUUUAUAAACGAUUCGAGGGCAUCGGUUCUAUUAAUGAUCUGGAUCGCGCUAUAUGGGCUGCCGAUAUGGCUGUAGAGGCCGUAUCAGAUAAUGCAUCUCGACGGGUCAACUGCUUGAGUAUUCUGUGUGAUAUCGGUUACUGA